CAAACACAGAGGAAAAAUCUGCUCAUGCUUUGCUCUCCGGGCUUACUCUCUCACACAAACACCGCGGGAGUAAGACAGUGUUUGCUUGAGUGGAAUGUCUGUAGCCUCGCAAGCCGAAUAUGGGUAUACCCUCCUCGAUUGAUGGUGAUGGACUGGAUUGGAUAAAUUGAAUCGGUAGAAUACAUGUUAAAUACAAUACAUAUAUAGCCUAUGAAGAUAAUUUAUUUUCUCAUAGUGUCAGAGUGGAUAGGAUUAUAAGCACUUGGACGACCGUUGGUCACGGUGGCGGAGCGUGUUUUGAACCCACAUUGUUCCACCAGCAAAUACUCAGCUGUCGCGCGUAGGGGAGCGGCGAGGGACAUUUGGUGAGGUCCAGUCAAUUCUUACGAAAGCCACGUGUGUGUUGGUGGGUCCCAGAGAGGCCAUUGCCAUGGGGAAGGACUACUAUAAGACCCUUGGUAUACCCAAGGGUUCCAAUGAGGAGGAGAUCAAGAAGGCAUAUCGCCGCAUGGCACUGAGGUUUCACCCAGACAAGAACACUGACGCCAACGCAGAGGAUAAGUUCAAAGAGAUCGCUGAGGCCUAUGAAGUUCUGAGUGAUCCUAAGAAGAGGGUAAUCUAUGACCAGUUAGGAGAAGAAGGUCUGAAGGCAGGGGGCAGUAGUGGUCAGUCUGGGGUUCCUGGCGGGUCUUACCACUAUACCUUCCAUGGGGAUCCCCAUGCAACCUUUGCCUCCUUCUUCGGCGGAUCCAACCCCUUUGACAUGUUCUUUGGAUCGCACCGCAACCACCAUAACCGCUCAAAUGGCUUCCACUCCAAGGUCCACAAUAAUCACAAUGAUCUAGACAUGGAAACAGACUUAGACGAGGAAGACCCCUUUGCCUCUUUCACACAGUUUGGCUUCCCUGGGGGAGUGAAUGGCUUUCCCGGCCAUGGUGGUGGCAGAAGGAGGGGGGUGCAGUCAGAGCGUUUGGGAGGCUCCAGGAGACAACAGGACCCCCCAGUCGUCCACGAGCUGAAGGUGUCCCUGGAGGAGAUCUUCCAUGGCUGCACCAAGCGGAUGAAGAUCACGAGGAGGAGAUUGAACCCUGAUGGCAGGAGCAGCCGUACGGAGGAUAAGAUUCUGAACAUUGUGAUAAAGAGGGGAUGGAAGGAGGGCACCAAGAUCACCUUCCCCAAGGAGGGGGACGAGACCCCAGAGAACAUUCCGGCAGACAUCGCCUUUGUGCUAAAAGACAAAGGGCACGUCCACUUCAGGAGGGACGGCUCCAACAUCAUCUACACCUGCAAUAUCAGCCUGAAGGAGGCAUUAUGUGGCUGUACUGUGAACAUUCCCACCCUGGAUAACCGCUCCAUCCCACUACCCUGCCAUGACGUCAUAAAACCUGGGACAGUAAAGCGACUGAGAGGAGAGGGCCUGCCUCUUCCUAAAAGCCCCACCCAGCGCGGCGACCUCAUUGUAGAGUUCACAGUUCGCUUCCCAGACAGGAUACCACCCCAAUCCAGAGAGAUCAUCAGACAACACCUUCCUCAGUCUUAGAACUACACCCCCUUUCCACCCCAAAACACCCUCCAUGCCUACCAUCUUACCAUAUACACCCUCCAUGCCUACCAUCUUACCAUAUACACCCUCCAUACUUACCAUCUUACCAUAUACACUCUCCAUAUCUACCAUCUUACCAUAUACACCCUCCAUGCCUACCAUCUUACCAUAUACACCCUCCAUACUUACCAUCUUACCAUAUACACCCUCCAUGCCUACCAUCUUACCAUAUACACCCUCCAUGCCUACCAUCUUACCAUAUACACCCUCUAAACCUACCAUCUUACCAUAUACACCCUCCAUACCUACCAUCUUACCAUAUACACCCUCCAUACUUACCAUCUUACCAUAUACACCCUCUAAACCUACCAUCUUACCAUAUACACCCUCCAUGCCUACCAUCUUACCAUAUACACUCUCCAUAUCUACCAUCUUACCAUAUACACCCUCUAAACCUACCAUCUUACCAUAUACACCCUCCAUGCCUACCAUCUUACCAUAUACACCCUCUAAACCUACCAUCCUACAAAAUACACCCUCUAUACCUAGGACCUGGGAGGAGACCUCGGGGUAGGCCCAGGACUAGGUGGAGAGAUUAUAUUUCGACACUGGCCUGGAAAC